AUGAAUGAAUUAUCAAAUUCACCGAUUCUGAGUUGUGUUUACGUGGAUAUCCAGUAUCAUCUAUUGUGCUGUCUUUACAGCUUCAAACAAAUCUCGCCGUAUUCCGAGAAGCUAUUUUCUGUUCCGCAACUAUCGGAAUAUCUCACGCAACAAGAUUACUUGCAAGGAACUGUCCAAGCACGCGAGGAGGAGCUGCUUGAAUCUUUAUCAGAUGCCGAUCAAUUUAAUUUCUCAGUUACUACGAAAAAGAAAGCUGACAGCGUUCAAGUGGAACCGAAAGCUGUCGAACUGGUCGCAGUGGAUUGCCCGGAAUCCAUGAAACCGAGAGUGAAAGAACUAUUUCCGGAUGAGGCACUGCGUAAUAUUACAGUGCUGAAUCUCUCACAAGAGACACAUAAUGAUAUGAGAGAAUGGAAUACUACGAUGGAAAUCGAAUGGAUAGCCGCUUCUUCAGCAGUAUAA